CCAAUAUUUCCUUGGCGCUGCGAGAUAACGGCAAUCGUACCGUACUGGUGGGUUUGGUGUCGCGGGGCUCCGUCGUUUUCGGAGCUUCUUCUGAGCGGACAACGAUUCUACCAUAUUAAAAACCCAGCCAACCUCGAAUCAGGAGAGUAAUAGAUUAGGGAAAUAAACGGGAGAGCGUGUGCGUGAGAGGGAAGGGUUUAGGGUUCCGACAGCCAUAGGCCCUCCGGAGGACAAAGCCGGCGAGGCCCGGCCGGCCGAAGAGGGUUCGUCUCAAGCUGAGAUGACGGCUGCCGGCGGCGACGGACGCCGCAUCUCGACUGUCCUCAUCAUCAUAGCGAUGCAGACGGAGGCGCUUCCCCUCGUGAACAAGUUCCAGCUCUCUGAGGACACCGAUGGAUCCCUGUUUCCUACAGGUGUUCCAUGGAUUAGAUAUCACGGUUUAUACAAAGAAUUGCAUAUAAAUUUAGUCUGGCCAGGGAAAGAUUCAGUUCUGGGAGUUGAUAGUGUAGGCAUGAUAUCAGCAUCUCUUGUCACAUAUGCUUCCAUUCAAGCAUUGAACCCAGACCUCAUCAUUAAUGUGGGCACUGCUGGUGGCUCUAGGGCAAAAGGAGCAUGUGUUGGGGAUGUGUACCUUGCAUCUAAUGUUGCUUUUCAUGAUAGAAGGAUACCAAUCCCUGUUUUUGAUAUGUAUGGAAUUGGAUCUCGGCGUACCUUCUCUACUCCUAAUCUUCUAAAAGAACUCAACUUGAAGGUGGGAAAAUUGUCUACUGGUGACUCCUUGGAUAUGUCACCGCAGGAUGAAGCAUCAAUCCUGGCAAAUGACGCUACAAUUAAAGAUAUGGAGGGAGCAGCAGUGGCAUAUGUGGCUGACUUACUGUCUGUCCCAGCAAUCUUUGUUAAAGCUGUAACAGACAUUGUUGAUGGAGCGAAGCCCACUUCAGAGUUCUUACAAAACUUGGUUACCGUAACUGCUGCACUGGACCAGGCUGUUAGCCAGAAGAACCUGGUGGCAAAGCUGAUUUCCAGACUCACCGAGGGGCAUAUUCUGUUGUUGAUGGGAUCUACUGGGAUUUUCUUGCUUGGGAACACUGGCUGGUGAACUACAUGAUUUUGUUUAAGUUGGAUGAUCAAGCUGUCUUUUGAUAUAUGCCAUUUAAUAAAGGGGAGUAAAAUUGCUUUUUAUUAGACAAAUGGGAUUAAAUUCUUGUAUUAUAAAAUUCUCCUUUCAUAGCUUUAAUUUUCAGAGUAUCCACUUGCAGAGUUGGUCGUUUCUUGUAUUGAUACAAGUUAUCUUUGUUCAAUUCUGUUGCUGUGCCUCUCUUCCUAGAUGGUGAGGUAGUAGGACAAUGCAGAUCACCUGCCAAGCUAGAGUAGUUGAGUAUUGGUCUGGACUUUGAGGAUUUGCAAGAAAAUCUGCACAUAUCAGAAAAAAAGGUGGAGGUUCUUCAAUGAGGGAUCUUUCGAUGGUUAAGUCAGAAAGUGUUAGGGGGAGAGCAAUGAAAAAAAGAUGAUGAGAGUGCAUGGAGUAUUUAGAAUCCUUUUUUUUUCUCUUAUCCUUUAUUUUUAUAGAAAAGUUUGCUAGGUAGUUAAUACUUGUCAGAAUUGGAGUAGAGGCUGUUAGAGCCAGAGUAGUGGGUGUCGGCAAGUUGUUACAGGACCGGCCAUCUAUGUUUAGAGAAGUGGUGAAUUAUUGCAACAGAAUGUCAAUUCAUCAGUGAUUAUCUAUGGUUUCUAAUCCGUAGACUAGUUUGUAGGAAUUAUAAUGUAGUUUGUAGAGAUUUGAGGUGGCGAUGAGGUCAGGUCGGCUAAAAGUUGGUGACAUUGAUUUCAUCUAAGAACCGACCUAAUGUGAUCAGCCAUCUGCCAAUGACAUCGUUAAUGCAUAGGGCAUGCAUCUCAGGUCAUCCUCAUUAUGAUGUCAGAUAUCUAUCAUGUCUUCAAAGAUCGGACAUCAUCAGGUGGGUCAAUUUUGGUUCAAUACUUGUCCCCACUUCUCGGUAUGAAGUAUUUAGCAUUGGGAAGUAGUCCAUCACUUGACUUCCAUGGUGUGUGCUGCGGUGAGCUCCCACGUCUUUGCAAAGCUUCACUUUUCGGGUCGAAGAGGUUGAGCACCACUUCAGAGAUCAUUCGAUAUGAAGCGAGUUCGGCUCCUCAGAUAGUGUUCACAGUCAUUGGG